AACUCCAUCGGGUUCGACAAUCUAUACUGUGUCAGAAAACAGAACACAGUACUUACCUUGUUACAUGAUAGUAGGCCAGAGUAAAUGUUCUGAAUUCUGACACAGUGACAGAGUUUGCAGCAGUGACUACUGUCCCUCAAACUUAGCUGCAGAAGCAGUGGUCCUAUGCAUUCGUAGAACAAACACAUCAUGUUAUUCAAGUAAAUCAAAGGCAGAUUCAGACUGUUCAAGCUAAUGGCAACUUUGGAAGAGAGAAAGAUAGGUGCCAUAGUGGGGGCACUAGUGGCCGAUGCCGCAGCACAACCCAUUCACUGGAAUUACAAGACAGCAGAUUUAGAUGACUUUCUACGGGACAAAGAGGAGAUAGCAUUCUUAGAGCCCUCCAGAAACCCGUUCUAUUGUAUUCAGACAGGAAAACACAGCUGCUAUGGAGAUCAGUCCGUCAAUAUUCUGAGGUCACUUGUGGAAAAUGGAGGGGUCAAUAUUGAAAAACUGAAAAAGUCUACGUACGAGUUGUUUGGUCCAAACACAGAGUAUGAAAAUGAAGAUAAUGCUACAUAUAAAGAUAAAUCCGAUGUGGUAAAGAAGGUGUACCCGAUUAAAUCAAAGUGGCGACAUGCUGGCAUCAAGUCAUUCCUAAAAAAUUAUAAAGAAGGAGCAGAAGUCACAGGAAUUGAGGACAAUCAGAUGGACUGUGUGCUCAAUAUGGUCAGUGUGGUGGCCCUUUAUGCUGGUCGGCCAGAGAUGUUGGACAAAGUAGAGGAGGUCAUCACGAUGACCCAGAACUCGGACAUCAACGUGGCCGUCGCCUUCACCGCAGCCAGGCUGCUGGAAUACUACAUCCUUCAUGGGAAGAUGGCAGGUGUGCAGGCAUUGAAUUCUGUGUUGGAGACAAUGGGAAAUCCCAAGAGACAAAACCCACAAGAUCUGGACCGGGGGAUGAUAAAUUACAUGAAAAAAGUCAUUGAGGAGAAGGAAACUGACCAUAUAUCAGUUGCCCGGAAAUUCAACAUCAGCUGAGUAAUACCCGGGGCCUUUCAGUCUGCUGUUCAUGGUUUGAUCACCAACACCGAGUACGUUACUGGGGUCCAUGGUACGAUCCGAGCAGGGGGAUGUAACUGUUCCCGGGCCGGAUUUAUAGGAGCCUGUCUUGGGGCUCAGAAUGGUGUGGAAGACAUUCCGGAAGAAUGGAAGAGGAAGACAUUAUCGUAUGAAGAAGUAUCCCAGCUGGCAAAGAAGUUAAUUACCAUUCAAUAAGAGCUAACAAGUUAAUUACCAUUAAGUUAGAACAAACAAGUUAAUUACAAUUCAAUUAGAGCACACAAGUUAAUCACCAUUCAAUUAAAGCAAUUAAGUUAUUUACCAUUUGGCAUUGGACAAUCAAUGUGUGUAUGGAAUGUAAAGGUUUGUGUGCUAGCUGUGGAGCAUUCUACUUUAAUAUACAAGUAUAUGAUUCUGAUAGAGUAACAGUAUUAAAUAGAUGAUUCUGUUGUAUUGAUGGUUGUGUGUUAAAUUUGACACAUAGGUCACCAGCAUAUGAAAAUCUCAUCAGAACCCUAAGCUAAGGCUGAUCAGAUUAGAUGGAGUGGCUGCAUGUCUGUCUGUGUGUCAAAUUUACUUAUACCAUGAAUACAUGUACUAUGUACUUGCAGCUGUUUUCUAUAGUCACACAUCUAUUUAUUUUUAUGCCCUUGUGUUUGGAGAUUUAGGGGCAUAUAGUCUUUUUUUUUUAUGAGCUAGGAAAGUAUUAGGGGCGAGAUCAAAAGAUCGAUGUCGGAUUAAAAUUUAAAUUCAGAUAGUUACAGGGAGGGGGAGGUAAAAUAUCCCGUAAGUUUCUGUCAUCCGACAUCGAUUACAUUUUAGUGGAAAAACAAAAAAAGACAAGUGACUGUUGAAAACCACAUAAUAAUAUUACAUUUUGAUGAACAUUUUUAAAAUAGUUAUAAUGUACACUUUUAAUUGUGAAUAAACAGUAGAAAAGGUACACAGAGUGUUAUUUAUAAUCGUAUGUUUUUACUUGUUAAUUGAUUAGUUUCAACAUUCAUCAUAUUUAGUUUUAAAGGGGGGGGGGGGGGGGGGGGGGGGGGGGGAGGUCUUGGUGAAAACUAAAUAUGGGAAUUUAGUUUUUUGUAAGGCAUUGAACUUUUGAUCUCGUCUUGGUGAAAACUAUGUGAAUUUAGUUUUUUGUAAGACAUUGAACUUUUGAUCCCGUCCCUUAGGAACAAGAAUUGUAAUAGUGUAAAUGAUGAUACUGCUUUAUGUCCUUGAACUACAAUUUAAUAUAUUCAUGCAUUGAAUUAUAUGAUGUCUUGUGAUUUUGUGAAGUUUAGCUCACUUGUGUUACUUCCUUGAUGUCUUGUGAUAUUUAGCUCACCCGAGUUACUUCCUUGAUAUUUUGUGAUAUUUAGCUCACCCGAGUUACUUCCUUGAUAUUUUGUGAUAUUUAGCUCAUCCGAGUUACUUCCUUGAUAUUUUGUGAUAUUUAGCUCACCCGAGUUACUUCCUUUAUAUUUUGUGAUAUUUAGCUCACCCGAGUUACUUCCUUGAUAUCGUGUGAUACUUAGCUCACCUGAGUUACUUCCUUAAUGUCUUGUGAUAUUUAGCUCACCUGAGUUACUUCCUUGAUGUCUUGUGAUAUUUAGCUCACCUGAGCUGAAGGGUCGGUGAUCUUUUCUGAUCCCAUUCUGUCCCUCGUCUGCCUGUCACUUGUGCACAUUAUUGACUUCAUUCUAGAACCACUAAAUCAUUUGAAACUGGGCAUAGCAAAGCCUCUUUCAGUAAAAGAGAUUUUUUGCUCAUAUGGUUGUUGUGUCCCAAUUGUGGAGAUAUUGUUAUCUUAGAAACAAUGAAAAGAAAUUGGGGUAACUAUGAAAUCUUUUAUUCAAGAACUGCAAAUUACAAAACUAAUGUGCAUGUCAUGUAGUUUAAUGAUGUGGGUCCACAUUUGGGGUUCAAAGUUUCACGUGGGAAGAAAAAUCUUUUCAUGAUCAACAGUGCUACUGCUGUGACACAAGGAACACAAUUUUUGCAUCAAUUAUUAAAACGAAAUAUUUUUGACACAACAAGGUAAGAGUAAGCUGAUUCAGAUGAGAGUUGUUACCUAUAGUAUAAGUAUGAUCAAAUGAGUAGUAUUUUUAUGAUUUGAUGCUUUCCUUUUGAAAUCCAGAACUUGUAAAUUAUAUAACUAACUAACUUAUUAAAAUUUCCAGAAAUGCA